AUGACAGGGAAGGUUUCCUCAUUCUCCCCCUGCUCUGCAGUGCGCCCUGCUCUGCCUGGCUACCUCGUGCUCUGCCUCGCUGUGCAAGCUCACAGUCUGGCAUCAGCACAGUUCAGCGUGACUGGCCCUGACCACCCAAUCAGUGCCGUGGUCGGUGGGGAGGCCGUCCUGUCCUGCCACCUCUCCCCCCGGAUGAGCGCUGCAAACAUGGAAGUGAGGUGGUUCCGAUCCCAGUUCUCUGCAGCUGUGCACCUGUACCGCGAUGGGCAGGAUCAGAACAAGGAGCAGAUGCCGGAAUAUCGAGGGAGGACUGAGCUCUUGAAAGACAAUAUCACCGAUGGGAGAGUUUCCCUGAGAAUCCGUGAUGUUCAACCCUCAGAUGAUGGGCAGUACAAGUGUUUUUUUGAGUCCAGUGUCUCUUAUGAAGAUGCUUUAUUGGAACUGCAGGUGGCAGCUUUCGGCUCUGCUCCUGACGUCUUUGUGGAGGGACACCAGGAUGGAGGGGUCCGGGUGGUGUGUCAAUCAUCUGGAUGGUACCCACAGCCUGAAGCCCUGUGGAGAGAUCUCCAGGGGCAGCACUUACCAUCAGACUCUGAAAAAAUAUCCCCCGAGGCCAGUGACCUGUUUCAGAUAGAGAUUGCCAUUGUUCUAAGAGAAGAGUCCAACCAGAAGGUGUCCUGCCAUGUCUGGAACCCCCGACUCGACCAGGAGAGGGAAUCAACAAUUUCCAUAGCAGGCCUGGACUCCACCUUUCCUGCUGUUGUUGCUGAUCCCCCUGGGGUAGAGGAGGUCCACUCCUCCAGCAUUCAGCCGGCCCCAUUCUUGGACCACCACCAGGGCCAGCCUACUGGCAUGAUCCAACUGAUGCCAAAGCCUGCAGAGUUCUCUGGAACAAGCUCCCAAUGGUCAGCAUGGGUGACGGGGACCGUCUCUCUCUCUCUGGCCAAGUUCUCGGAAGCCCUCCAUCUCAUGCCCACCAACAAGUCCCUGUGCAUGGACGGGCUGACUGUGGAGUUCUACCAUGUGUUCUGGGGCAUCCUCAGCCUGGACCUUGCCAGUGUCUGGGCCAAGUCUUUGGAGAGUGGGGUUCUCCAUUGA